GGCGGAAACGGCCUCUGGGGCUUUCCCGGGCGGAGGGGGCGCCUGUUCGGCGGGGCUCGGCCGGCCCGGGAGCCUCGUCCCUUCGCGGCCGUCGGGGCCGACGGGCCGGCCCGCCUUUUGGGCCCUUCAGCUAGUAGUCUUCAGGAUCCUCAGUCUCUCCGGCACGGGCUGGCUCUCAGACUCCUGCGACCGGCCAUGGGUGGCUCCGGGCAGUCAGGAGAAACACCCCUUCUUCGGCGACUAACAGCAGCAGGACACCCCGAUUCCACCGUGAGGCAGUUACCGCGCAGUGGUCCUCAGCCCAGGCUCUGGAGGCAGGCUCUGGGGUUUGUACUCACUCUGUGACCUUGGACAAGUCACUUUAUCUUCUGAGUCUCAGCUGCCUAAAAUUAGUUAAACGGGGAGUGAAGCUGCCUUAUAGGGCUGUGGUGGCGACGAGGCGAGAUGAUGCACGUGAAGCAGUCUGGCAUACAGCAGGCGUCCAGUAAAUGACAGUUGCUGUUAUUCAUUCACAGACCCGUGCGGAGGGCCUGAGUUAGGGACUAGGAUGUUUUUCACAACGAUGUGGCCCUAAGAGGCUGUGGGAAUUAUCAGGCUGGGAAUAGCAGCCGCCAGCUUCUGACCUCUGCAGGGAGGGGACCCUGGUUCCUUUAGAGCCCCUUUGAGGGUGGCAGCUGCCACUGAGGGAGCCCGGUUUCAGCUUCACUGAGGUUAUUUUCAGAGGUUUGGAAGCCCUCUCUGAAUUUGCCUGGAAUCGAGUUGGGGUGUGGGGACCCUCUGGCGUUUCACAACGAGUGGAAGACUGGUUGGGAUGUGUCUCAGGGGCCUCUGGCUUGGAAUGAGUGCAGAGGAGUGGCUGCGGAGGUGGAGGGGGUUGAACUGAGCUCCCCUUGUUGCUGUUCAGAGGCCAAGGGAACUCUGAGCUGCCUGAAGCUAGCUAGAUCCCUGGGCUAGCUGGUAAACCUGUGCACUGGGGCCGUGCUGGGCCCAAAAUAGCUUCUGCCUGUGCAGGGAGGGGGCGCCUUCAGAUGCUGCUUGGGGAAUGUUUCUGCUUGAAUGGGCCAGCUGAGGUAAAGCCAAGCUCAUGCUUUGCUAUCCAAAAUCAUUUCCAUUCCGUUCAGUGGGGUUUUAAACAUACAGCUUUCCUUUGAGGUGUUUACAAAAAAUAAUAAUUUAAACAGCUGCUGACUCCCUGACUGCGAUAUUUCUCUCAUCAUUGAUUUGCUUUUCAAAGGGGGCCGGGAUUGUGGGCGCAGUAAGUGCUGACCAGGCCUCUUGGCUCUGGGCACCCGCCUGAUUCUGUUAGGGAUGUUCACCGUGCCAUUUUUUUUUUUUUUUUUUUUUUUUCCGCCAGACUGGCACAUCUUGGCGUUCCAAUCCUUGGGUUGCUUGGAGAAAUUAACGGCUUCUGUCAGUGUGCUGUCUUGGUCUCCUGUAACCACGCUGUUUUUGCAGAGAGCGUGUUUUUUGUUGUUCUUGCAGAGUGCUAGGAAUAAAUUGCUCAGAAGAGACACCAGCUAUGACCAGCUACAAUGCAGCCUGUAUUCUCAGAAAAUGAAUUCAGGAGAGAUGAUGUCAGCUGCUUUACCACUGGCCGGUCUCUGGCCAGCCUCUCCUCUUGGCCCUUGAGCUUACAUCAUAAAGAGAUCUGUGGCUCUUCCAGCCGCAUUCUAUGUGAGAAGAGGUCAAUUUUGCUGCUACAGGAAUUUUUAGAACUCAACUCUGCUUGCCCUGCCAAAGGGCCUUCUGACUUAGUCGAGCCCUUUCAAGAAGAGCUGUCCAGCAGCAGGGCAGCUUUGCCUAAAAGCAGAGCAGCUCAGAGCUUGAGUCAGGGUUUUGGCAUCAGACCUAGGUUUAGAUCUCAGAUCCACGUCUUCCUAGCCUUAGGGCAAGGGACUUAGGGCAAGGGACUUGGCCUCUCUGAGCCUGGGUUUUUCUUUCUUUAACCUCGGGGUCGUCGUGUGGAUUUCAUGGUACACUUAGCAGAGGGCUGUUAUGUACUAAUCCCUUGGUGAAUGGUACUAAUGGUAGUAAAUGAGUGAGAUAAACGAGAAAAAUCAUAGGCCACAGGGCCGGCCAACCCAAGUUCAAGUUCCAGCUCUGACCCUUUCAAGCUCUGUUGGGCAGGUUAUUUAAUGGCUGAGCUUUUGUUUGUUUCCUCAAGAAUUGUUUUAAGGAUUAAGUUGGAUGAUGCAGUUAAAAUGGAAAGCCCAGUGUUUAGCGCAUAGAAUGACCUCAACAACUGUAAGUUUCCAGAGUUCCCACUGUGGGACAGUGGGUUAAGAUUCUGACUGCAUUGGCUUAGGUCACUGGGGAGGUGCAGGUUCAAUCCCUUUCCUAGCUAAGUGGGUUAAAGGAUCUGGUGUUGCUGCAGCUGCAGCUCAAAUCACUCCCUGGCCAGGGAACUUCCAUAUGCUGCAGGUAUGUCCAUAAAAAGAAAAAAAAUUGCAAGUUUCCUUUUUCUCCUUUCUUUAGCUAUCUUUUAGCAUUCAUUUUUUUUCCACUUGUUUCCUCACCUGCCUAGGUUGGUUCAAGAUUCUUCUUAGAUGGGUUUCCUGUCCUUGACUUUGGGACUUUGACUCCCAAAUGGGCUAUUUGGAUUGCUUUUCCUUAUUUAUUGCUUGCCAGCCACAAAUGGACUGUGAUUACAGAGCAGCAGACCCUGAGCUUGAGAGUGGCUGACUUUGUUUAAAAAAAAAAAAAAAAAAAAAAAAAAUCAGUCUCCAUUGGCUCGAGGCUGACUUCCUUGGAGAAAAAUCACAGCAGUGUUUAAGAGGCCUGAUUUCCUCUGCUAAAACUGUUCCCUGAGGUACUAAAAACAGUCGCCAGGGCCAGAUUUCUUUUGGAUAAAUACAAAAUGGUAAAUGUAUGUGGUUUUUUGUUAGAAAGGACAAUGAUGUUUUCUCUCAGUUUGCAGUACAGUUUUAUUUUUUAAGAGAAUAUAUGUACUUGGAUAUUGGGCAGUAAGCUCUUUGGGCUGGAAACCUUCUCAAUUGCUGGGCUCUGCUGUCCCCCACCCCCCCACCCCCCACCCCCCUGGCCAGGCUAGGGCCUGGCACAUGGUAGGCGCUACAUACUUGUUGAGCUCAGGAAUCAUGGGAUGGUAGGAGGAACACAGGUUUUUUCAAGUCAUAAGGUCAGGUUUGGAAUUUGGGGUCCAUCUUUUUCUAAACUUGAGCCAUCUAUAUAUAUAUAGCAGAUCACGUCAGGGAGCCUCGGUUUCUUCUCGCUCCUGCUGGUCUCCCAGAAUUCUGCAGAGAGCUGAGUGACAAACUGGAGCAUCAUGGAGACGUACAUGCUCUGAAUCAUUUCUUUUCACAUGUUUUCUCAAACACCUACUAUGUGCCAGGCACUGUGUUCGGCAUCCUGGUGAACAGAACAGACACAGACCUUGCCUUUGUGGAGUUUACUGUGUGUUGCGCAGAGACACACGGAAGAAGCUGGUAAAUGAGUACAGUUGAUAUUUUCAAAUGGUGUUCACCCCAGCGUAACGGGAUAACAGGCCACGGCAGGUGGGAUUUCCUGGGGUCAGGAAAUUUCGAGGUCAAGGAGGGCCUCAGAGAGAGGGAUGAUGUGUGAGCUGUGGCCUGUGUGAUGAGAGCGAGCGAGCGACAGGAGGACUCGAAGAGCACACAGAAGGAACGUGUGCAAAGAUUUCGGAUAGAAAUAAGCUUGAGGUGCUUAAGGAGCAGACAGAAGGGUUCAUGUGGGCGGGCCUUGGAGGGAAGGGAAAGACUGCUCUGAGGAGCACCGAGAGCCUUUGGCCUUGGUCAGGAGGUAGAAUUUGGUCCCAAGUGGAUUUGUGUGCUCCUCGGGCCUGUUCCUUCCAUUUGCUGCAGAAGGCUGAGGCUUCCUCGGCAGGGCAGCGGGUGGGAGGAGGUAGCCUCUCUUUGUCCCGAAUUCUUACCGCUCGCCCCAUGAUUAAGGCCCCUAAGCGUCUCUCCAAAACUAGAGAAGCAGAGGAGUGGUUCCUUGAGACGUGGGUGAUUUGACUGCCCUCCCGAGAGUUGCCAGACUUGUUGACCUUUAGGACUUCCUGAGGGAAUUCACAUGUAGCUAAGAGAGUCCACAGGUCUGUCCCAUCCCACAGCAGCUUCUUUCUUGGCCUCUCACCAUCCCCCACAGCCAGCAGGCCCCCUCCUCACUCAUAGCAGGUAUUUAUGCAGCAGAUACCCUGCCCCCGCACUGUGCUUAGGUCACCUUCCUGAGUCAUUGGGUCACAGUCCCUGCACCCAUGGAGCUGUGGUCAGCACAGAGCACUCUGCUGGUCCAGGCAGGUGACAUGCCAGUGCUUUUAGUGAUGUCCCUGCCUGUAACCCAGAAGCCAUGGAGGAGAUAAGGUAGCCCCGGUCCCUGGAUCUGAUCGGAUGGGGAAGCCCAGUUCAAUGGAUACAAAAUAUAAGGAUGACUUAUUUCGGAAGUACGUGCAGUUCCAUGAGGGCAAAGUGGACACCACCCCCAGCAAGCAGCGGCCUGGCAGUGAUGAAUACCUGCGGGUGGCAGCCUCGACCCUGCUCAGCCUGCACAAGGUGGAUCCCUUUUAUCGAUUCCGGCUGAUCCAGUUCUAUGAGGUGGUGGAGAGCUCCUUGCGCUCGCUGAGCUCCUCCAGCCUGCGGGCUCUGCACUGCGCCUUCAGCGUGCUUGAGACGGUGGGCAUCAACCUCUUCCUCUACCCGUGGAAGAAGGAGUUCAGAAGCAUCAAGACCUACACGGGCCCCUUUGUUUAUUAUGUCAAGUCCACGUUACUGGAAGAGGACAUCCGAGCCAUCCUGAACUACAUGGGCUAUGUGCCCGAGUUAGGGACGGCGUACAAGCUCAAAGAGCUGGUGGAGACCCUCCAGGUCAAGAUGGUCACCUUUGAACUCUUUCUGGCCAAGGUGGAGUGUGAGCAGAUGCUGGAAAUCCACUCCCAAGUCAAGGACAAGGGCUACUCUGAGCUGGACGUGGUGAGCGAGCGCAAGAGCAGCACGGAGGACGUGCGUGGCUGCUCGGACGCCCUGCGGCGGCGGGCGGAAGGCCGGGAGCACCUGACUGCCUCCAUGGCCCGCGUGGUGCUCCAGAAGUCGGCCAGCGAGCGGGCAGCCAAGGACUACUACAAGCCCCGCGUCACCAAGCCCUCCAGGUCGGUCGACGCCUACGACAGCUACUGGGAGAGCCGCAAGCCGCCCCUGAAGGCCUCGCUGAGCCUGCGGAAGGAGCCCGCGGCCGCAGACGUGGGGGACGACCUCAAGGACGAGAUCAUGCGGCCGUCGCCCUCGCUCCUGACCAUGUCCACCUCCCCCCACGGCAGCCCCGACGACCUGGCGGCCCCCUCCCCCAACAAUGGCCUCGGCUCGCUGCGCGGCUCGUACUUAUCCGCUCAGGAUGAUGUGGAUCUCUACACAGACUCGGAGCCGAGGGCCGCUUACCGGAGGCAGGACGCCCUGCGGCCGGAUGUCUGGGUGGUCAGGAACGACGCCCACCCCGUCUACCACAAGCGCUCGCCCCCUGCCAAAGAGUCCUCCCUCUCCAAGUGCCAAAACUGCGGUCUGUCCUGCAGCUCCUCCCUCUGCCAGCGCUGUGACAGCCUGCUUGCCUGCUCCCCGGCCUCCAAGCCCAGCGCCUUCCCCAGCAAGGCCUCUGCCCACGACAGCCUGGCCCACGGGUCGUCUCUGCGGGAGAAGUACGCAGGCCAGACUCAGGGCCUUGACCGGCCCCCGCACCUCCACUCGAAAUCGAAGCCCUCCGCCUCGGCCACCUCCCGCUGUGGCUUCUGUAACCGCCCCGGGGCCACCAACACCUGCACCCAGUGUUCAAAAGUCUCCUGCGACACCUGCCUCAGCGCCUACCAUUACGACCCCUGCUGCAAAAAGAGUGAGCUGCACAAGUUCAUGCCCAACAACCAGCUGAACUACAAGUCCACCCAGUUCUCCCAUCUCGUGUACAGAUAGACUUGACCUUGCAUCUCCCUGUCACAAGGGCUACACCACUGACUUCGGUUUCAUAGGAAAGAAAUGCCGAUGCAUGGAUCUGGGAAGCAGAGAUCUACACCUGACCAUCUGGUUGUCGGGGGUCCUGGGACCAGCCGCACCAUGUGGGAGAUCCCUUAGUGACUCAGAUAUUUCAACUGAUAGCUGCUUUGUCGCCUGGCAAGGGAGAGGGUGGCACUUCCGUUCAGAUUCAUUUUUGCUAGUCUCUCCACUCCCUAUUCUGUUUUGUUGUUAUUGUUGUUGUUGUUUGUUUUUUAAAGAGGAUUUCUAUCUCUGGGACUCUUGCCACGCCUAUGGCAAAGCCAACUUGGACUGGGAAGGGCCCUCCAGGUCCCCUCCAAAUGCCCACCUGGAGCGGCGAGCUAGAGGCCUGUUGGCUUGUGAAAUGAGCCCUCCUGCCACACUGGGCCUCGUCCACUGGCUCAUCCCUCCACCACCCCUUCCCAAACACGAGGAUCCCCACCUGCACCCCUUGCUGGAUUUCCCUGCCUCUCUAGGUGUCAAAGGUGACCUGAGUCCAGGAUUUGCUGAAUGGCAUCCAGUUGCCUCCACAGCUCAGCUCAGUUGUGGGGUCUGGGAACUUUCCUCCAGCGCUCUGAGGUGUGGCCCUCCACAGCAGGACUACUUUGCCCCUUUUCUGUUGUUUGCACAUGCCCUUCUUACUGUACUGUAAAUAGAUAUUUUUGAGAUUUAUUUUUAAAUAAAUAUUCAACUUGCCAUGUGUUUCAAAGUGGUUAAAAUAUUAAUGAUGUAGCUAUUUAUAAAGAUGCCCUGGGUUCUUUAGUCUUCCAAGGGAGGGGCUCAUGCCCUUCCACGCUGUGUCCUCCACUCACCACAGCCUGAGGGAGAGUGUGGGGGCAGAGGAGGAACAGAGAUGAUGUCCCCUCGUCCCCUGAGUUGGUGGAGAGCCUCUGUCUUCCCUACAAUAAAUCUCUAACACCUACCUCCAGUGCGCACUUAGGGGGUUAGUCCGGGCCGAGAGGUCUGUGCACCUGCAGACUGUGACAACCUAGUGACGAUUCAGGAACCUCACCCUGUGGAUCUCCAGCCUGGUCUUUGCCACUGGCUGAGCGUGAACCUUGCACUCCAAACUUCUUGAGUCUCGUUUCUGAAGGAAAGUCAUUUGGGAUUCCCACUACCCCUCCAUUUCAGUCCUCUUCUCUUCACCUGUUUCCAGGACUCCUCUGCAACAUUUGCAACCUUUUUGCACUAAAGUAAGCAGGAGUCGGCGAGUGCCCAUCAGACAGAUGUCUCCUGAGAUGCUUAGCCGAGCCUCAGCGCUUCUAGACCCAGAGCCCCCCUUAAACUCCUCUUGUGAAUUACCCCGGAUUUUCCUUUUGGGGUGCAGAGCAGGAGUGGGGCGAGAAUUUGAAGAUGAAACUGCUUCCUUGUGAACUAACAAUAUAUUUUAGCCAUAAGUGUUUGUGAUGGACAGAAUGUUAUAGGAAUUUACAUGCAGUGGGUUUUCUGGUAGAAUGAGGUAUUCAGCUCUUGAGCAGAUUUAAAUCUGGCUGAAUCCUGAGGCCACUGUGAAUUUGCUGAUGUUCUUCCAACUCAGUCGAGUGAUUUUAAGGUUUUCAAAAUCUUCUAUGGCUCUUUUUUUAUAUAUCUAGUAGAUUACAUGUAGAUAAUUCACUGUGUAUAUAAAGCUGAAUUUCAACCAACUUUAAUACUAAGACCUGCCCAUUCUGGGGCAUUCAUCUUUGAUGUUCUUCCUUUUCCCAUUUCAGAAGUGUCAAUGCCUGUCCCAGUCCUGGUUUUCCAUUUUCAGACCGCUCUAGCACUACACUCUUUUAACCAACCGUGAUGCCACGUAACUUCAACACGGCAGACAAAAGCAGAAAUAACUAACUUGUCCUAGAAGAGAAAGUCCAGUGUGUGUAUCAUCACGGAAAUACUGUAUUCAUGGACUGGAAUAGGAAAUGCUAUGACUAUGCUCCUCCUUGGUGUGUAUCUUAUUGUGUGAGGUUGCUGUGAUUGAGAUAGUUAAAUAUAUGCUAAUUUAAAAAUGCAGAUGUUUUGCUUUUGAUUUCUACCAAGAGUUGAAAUGUUGAGAGAUAAUUUAAAAAAAUAAUAAUAAAGUGUCUUCCAUUGUUAAA